AUGGCAUCGCAUAUUGCUAUUCGAAAUGUAUUGGCGAACAACGAUGGUACCAACCCAGCGCCAACCCCACCACCACUAGACUGCUCCGUCUCGCCUAGCAAUACGAUUGUUUCCAAAGAGGAUAACCGCAAUAUUCGGCCCAACUACACUUACAGCGCGUUGGUGGCCAUGGCAAUCCGCAGCAGUCCUGAGGGUAAACUAACAUUGAGUUCUAUACAGAGCUGGAUCAGUGACAACUUCCCUUACUACCGAAAGGAUGAACAGGGUUGGCAGAAUCAGAUAAGGCAGACGUUGAGCACGAACUCUUGUUUCCGCAAAAUUCCACGACCUAUGGGCGAUCCAGGGCGUGGAAACUAUUGGACCAUUAGUGAAGAAGUGGUAGCACUUCGUUCUCAGCAGCCGGCUGCUGGCAGUGGGAAUGCACUUCGGGCGGUGGUCAACGGUGUACCGCAUUCUCAGUUUCCAAAUGCGGUGUAUUUCGCUACGACGCAUCAGAUACUGGGCACCCAUCAGUCCAUGUUGGUUCGGGGAGUGCCAGAUCGGCAUGCCUGGUACCAGUACCAUCUGCAACAAUCACAACUUCUACAACAACAACUGGUAUUCCUGCAACAGCAACAGAUUAAACGGCAAGACCAGUAA